AUGGCGACUUCACUAGCGAACAAAGUCUUCUGUUUAACUGGGGCAGCAUCCGGAAUCGGAUUGGCAACCGCGAGGGUGCUUCUCGCUCAAGGAGCUUCUCUGGGUCUGAUGGACAUACAUAAAAAGUCACUGGACAAGUUUUGCAGUUCGUUAGAUGCGGCACAGAAGGAUAGGGUGUUAACCCGCGCCUUCGACGUUGCUGAUCGACGAGCGGUAAAGGAUUUUUUAGAGGCUACGAAAGGUCAAUUCGGAUACAUUAAUGGAAUGGCAAACAUUGCUGGCGUGAAUGGUAGAUUGAUGGGAUCUCAUGAGAUCUGGCAGUUGACGGACGAAGAAUACGAUCAUGUCAUUGACACCAACAUCCGAGGGGUCUUCAAUUUCCUCAGGGAAGCCUUACGGCCAGGGUUUUUGGAACCAGCUUCCAGUAUCGUCAACGUCUCGAGCCUCUACGGAAUUAAGGGUGCCCCCCUAUCAAGCUUGUAUUGCACCAGCAAACACGCUGUUGUUGGUUUGACACGAGCAGCUGCUUACGAGUCUGGAUCGCGCGGUAUUCGUGUUAACUCUGUUGCACCUGGAGCUAUAUUCACACCUUUAAUGGAAGAAACGUCGAAGAGGUUUGGCGGUAAUCCGGUUGCCAACACCCCUAUUCCGCGAGUGGGUGAAGCUACGGAAGUUGCAAACGUGAUAGCUUUCUUGUUAGGACCGGAAAGCACUUUCGUAACCGGCGCAGUCUGGCCUGUAGACGGUGGAGCUAGUACGUAG